AAGAGAUGUAGACUGUGGUACAAUUUCUGCUGAAAAUAUAGACCUAACCUAUUUGCCUAUCGUAGUGUCAAUAUAUUUGAAUCGAUCAAAACAAACGUAACCAACUUAUAAUUAUAAUUAUGAGAUUUUUGCAUGGACGGGACCAUCUAUUAUGUUGAAUUAAUGACACUCGAAUUGAGAAAUUGGCCAGGUCCAGUCCCCUCCCCAUUCAGCCAUUCACUGGGCACUGCCUUUAUUUAAAUAGACUAGGCCGAUUGGCCUAACUUCUGAUUUAUAAAAUACCAGGUUUGCAUGUAUAUGUGAGGAAAGAGUAGACCUAUAAUCACUAUCUUUAACUUUAAUUUUCAUUAAUGGUUGUUUGUUUUUAAGAUUACUAAAAUGCCAGUGACACGUUUUCAUCCCUAUCACGGUCAAAAUAUAGGAUUAUCACAGGACAGUAUGGUGGCAUCCAGAAAUUCCAGUUUUGCUCAUGCAUUAACAUUUAGUGAACACCCUUUAACUCCAGGGGAAAUAUUUUUAGUGGAAAUUGAGAAAAACGAGAGAGGAUGGAGUGGACAUUUAAGAGUUGGUUUAACACAACUUAAUCCAAGUAAUCAGUUUGAAUUACCGCAAUAUGCCUUACCAGAUUUAGCCAACAUUGGAAAAUCAUGGAUAUUUGCUGUGACAAAGACACAUAAUAGAGUUGUACCUGAAGACCAGGAACCUUAUAAAUCAGUCUUAAAAAACAGUGAGAUUAUUCAUACACCCCGCGGUUCAUUUAGUCGGAAUAUGUUACUACCUGUCAGUAGAAAUGGAGAACCAUGUAAUAACUGUGAAAGUACAAUACUACCUACUGAUAUUGGUAGUCGAAUAGGUAUUAUGUAUAAAGUAGUAGGAAAUGAGGCUGAAAUGCAUUUUAUAAUCAAUGGUGAAGAUCAAGGGCCAUCAUCUAAUACAAUACCAUUACAAGAUGGUCCUUUAUAUGCUGUUGUUGAUGUUUAUGGUACAACCAAACAAGUUAGAAUAAUACAAUUAUAUGGAGUAACUUCCCUACAGAAUGCUUGUAGAGAUUUAUUGUUACAGUUAAUGAAAAAGACAGACAUUAGUCGAUUGCCAUUACCGAAAAAAAUUAUUCAAUUUCUGAAAUACGAACUCUGAUAC